CGACUUUGCGUUUAUAGCCUCGUUUAGAACUCUUAAUGCUUAUUGGUCCGCGCUCUCCUGAACUAUCGCGACGAUUCUAAAUAAAAAAACAGGCUCAGCUGAGCGGGUGGGAUUGUGUCGCUGGGAAGGGAUUUGGUACUGUAGAAGGAUUCACUAUGUCGGAGACAGACCCCAAAACUGUGCAGGACCUGACCGUGGUGGUGCAAAAUUUGCUUCAGCAAAUGCAAGACAAGUUCCAGACCAUGUCAGAUCAGAUUAUUGGAAGAAUUGAUGACAUGAGCACUCGUAUAGAUGACCUGGAGAAAAAUAUUGCAGACCUCAUGACACAGGCAGGAGUGGAAGAAGAAGAGACUGCAAACAAGCAGCAGCAACAGCCGCCGCCAAAAUAGCUUGCACUGCGGGAUUCCCAAAUUUUAUACCAGCCCACUGGACAACCGUCCCAAUUUAGAAGGCUGCGGAACUUUUUUGUAAUAACUCUUGUGAUAGAGCAUUGAUUUCUUACUUGUAUUGUUCAUUUGGAUUUGUAUGUAUUAUGAUUAUUUAGUGAUCUCAUAUUAUAUAAGUCACCACCAAAUAAAUGGUCACACUUAGCUUGUUUUAUGUGUAUGUGUGUGUAUAUAUAUAUAUAUAUAUAUAUAUAUAUAUAUAUAUAGAUAUAUAUAUUCUCAAAUAUAUUUAAGUUGCACAGAAGAUUAAUUCAUUCAUUGUAUAAAUGAUAUUGUGGUUCACUAGCAAUAAUCCAGUUCUUUACCCUU